GUAACUUUUUUGUGAAGGGCAUAAUAUUUAUUUGUAGAAUUAUUUAAGAAAAUAAAUUAAUUCCAAGUAUAAUUAUGAUUUAAUUUCAGUAACUACAAAACUUUUGAUGUCUUAUAGAAUAUCUUCAGAAACAUAUCAUGAAAUAGAAUAAUGUUUCGAUACUUUAACAGAAUUUAUAUAAGGGCCUUGUAAAGAUAAUUAGGAUACUAUUUCUAAUACAAAGUUUUUGGAAUAUGCUGUUUAGGUUUUAACAGAAGAUGAGAGACUAUACUAAUUAAAAGAUGAAAAAGUAAAUUAAAGUAAGUUAAUGGAAAAUAAUUAAAUAGUAAAUAUUAUAAAUGAAGAAACUAAAAACAAUAAUGAAUCAACUCCUUUAAAAGAUUCUAGAAUUUAAUUAAUAAAAAAUGAUAAGAAUAAUUGGUGUCUUAGAAAAAAUAUAUGAAAAAAAAAAUGAUAUAAAUAAGUUUGCUAUUCAUCUUGCUGAAAUAGCCCGUUUAAAAUAUAAAUGCUUAAUUACUGUUGUUUCUUUGCUCGAAUGUAAUGAUUCGAGAAGUGAUUUUAUUAUGAGAAUUAUGAGAAUUAUUCCUGUUAAGGUUCUUACUGAAAAUCUUACUAAAAUUUAUUAGCUUUAUUAAAAGUAUACAAAAGACGAUUAUAAUGAUGAUCUUUUUAAUACUAUGGAUAAAGAUAUUGAAGAAGGAGAUCAUAUUGAAGAAAAAUAAUCUCUUAUUAUUGAGAAUGGAUUUCAUUUAUAUACUUUAAUUAAAUUGUAUAUUUCAAAUAAAGAAUUCGAUGAUUUACUUGAUGAUAAUGAUGAAGAUAUGAAUGCUAUUUUAGAUGAAUUUAAAUAAGAAGAUGAUGGAAUUCUUUAAUCUAUUUUUAAUAAAGAUAACUUGUUUGGAAAUAUGGCAAAAUUAGGUAUAGGAUUUAAAGAUGAUAAAUAAGAAGAAAUGUAUAAAUUAAAAUAAAAACAAGAUAAAAAAUUGCUAAUAAAAAAUGUUUAAAAAAUAAUAAUAUUUAAAUAUUUAUAUAAAUUAAAAUAGGCACUUUAAUUUUUCAAAUAAAAAACAUGCCAAAUCGAAAUUAUAAGAGAUGGAGAAUUAUAAACAAUAUAUUUCCCAAAACUGCCUUUAUGUUUUACUUUGGCAGAUGAAGUAAAAGACGAUUUUAAUAAUUAAGUAGACCGUUCAUCAACUAAAGCAAAAAUAACAUGCUUAAUGAAUUAAAGUGAUAGAAUAAUUCGAAUAAUGAAACAUGAAGAAAGGGUUAGAAGAUUAGUAAAUACAUAAAAAAUAAUAGGAUUUAUUGUGAAUAACCAUAAAUUAUUAGAAAACCUAUCAUUUUGUUUUGCUAUUGCUAUAAACCUUAUAGUUAUAGGAUCUUAUUCUAAUACGUAUUUUGAUAAAGACUAUUUUGAAUCAAAAGGAAUAAAAGAAACUGAUGCAUAUUAUCAAGAUUCUUUAUAAUAUACAAGAUUAAGAGAUCCUAGAUUUUUUGGAAUUGAAAAAUAUAAAGAGACGGGUCGCAUUAUAUAGAUUAUAGGAUUAAUAAAUCUUGCAUUAGUAAGUAUUGUUGUAGCCUUUUUUUUAAUUAAAAGAGCUCCUUUAAUCGUUGAAAAUAUUUGGAAGAACUUUUUUAAAGGAGGAUAUUUGAAUAUUUUAUAAAAAUUUAUUUAAUUUAUUAUUAAUACCCUUCGUUCUAUUUACCUUUGUUUAUAAGAUUUUGAUAUUAUUUAUUAUUGCUUAUAAUUGUGUUUUGCCCUUAUUGGGCUUACUUAUCAUCCUUUCCUUUUCGCAGGCCUUCUUAGUGACUUUUUAAGAUUUGAUAUACUUUCAAAUGUUGUAAAAGCCAUUUAUGAACCAAAAAUUGAAAUGGGUUUGAGUUUAUUACUUUUUAUUAUUCUCGAAUAUUAUUUCACAAUCGUUUCUUAUACUAUAUUUUAUAAUCAAUAUGCUUAAUAUUAGGAUUGCGAAAGUUUCUGGAGAUGCUAUUUUAAAACUUUUGAUUAUACUUUUAAAGAAACUGGAGCAGUGGGUAUUUUUUUAAAUAAUUUUUUAAAUUUUUUAUAUAUAUUUUUUUUUUUAGGUAAAUUCCUAUUUGAAGAAAACAGCUUAAAGGAAGUUGGUGGAAAUCAAGACGAUUAUAAUGGUGUCAAUUAAAAUUUAAAAUCUUUGUAUUUUGAAAGAUUUGCUUUUGAUAAUCUUUUGAAUAUUGUACUUGUAUUGAUUGUUAUGAAUAUGAUUGGUGGUAUUAUUAUUGAUAAAUUCAAAGAACUUAAAGAUAAACUAGAUUCUAAAAUUAUUGACGAAAAUAAAUAUUGUUUUAUUUGCGGCCUUGACAGAUAAACUUUGGAUAAAGGAAGCGAAUAAGGAGGAUUCUUUUAUCAUAUUAAAGUUGAACAUAAACAAUGGAAUUAUAUUUUCUAUUAAGCUUAUUUGAAACAAAAAUAAACUACAGAAUUUAAUGGAAACGAAUCUUAUAUUUAUAAAAAAAUUAAUAAUUUUGAUAUUAGUUGGAUUCCUAAAAAGCGGACAAAAUAAAUUAAAGAUAUUCAAGAUUUAGAAGAAGAAAAAAUGGAAAUCGUUGGUUCUGCUAAGAAUAAUAUUAAAAAUAAUAAUAAUUUUUAAAAAUCAACCAUAAUUGAAUAAAAUUCUUCCUAUCUUAUCCACAAGCCCUUAGUCGCCUGCAUCUAAUAUUUUCAUAUCCAAGAACUCACUAUCACCAACUCCAAUAAUAAUGAUUGA